AAUGUGUCAGAUGUGAUUCCAGCCUGCUACAAUGAUCCCUCUGCUCACUCUCCUCCUCUACUAUGGGGGGAUUGUCUCCUGUCAUACUGAUGAUCCCAUCCAAGUGUUUGUCAUCCCUCACAGUCACAUGGAUGUGGGCUGGGUGUACACUGUGCAGGAAAGCAUGCAUGCCUAUGCUGCCAAUGUCUACAGCACCGUUGUAGAAGAGCUGAUGAGAGCCAAGCAUCACAGGUUCAUUGCAGUGGAGCAAGAGUUCUUUCGCCUUUGGUGGGACACUGUAGCUGGAGAUCUGCAGAGGCAGCAGGUGCAUCAGCUGAUUCAAGAGGAAAGGCUAGAAUUCAUCAUUGGAGGCCAAGUCAUGCAUGAUGAAGCUGUCACUGCCAUGGAUGAUCAGAUUUUACAGCUAACUGAGGGACAUGGCUUUUUGUAUGAAACAUUUGGAGUGAGACCUCAGUUUUCCUGGCAUGUGGAUCCAUUUGGGGCUUCAGCCACUUCACCAACACUCUUUUCCUUGGCUGGAUUCAAUGCCCACCUCAUCUCCCGCAUUGAUUAUGAUGUUAAAGCUGCUAUGCAGAACGCCAAGAAGCUCCAGUUUGUUUGGAGAGGUUCUCAUUCCCUAUCAGAAAAACAGGAGAUAUUUACACAUGUAAUGGACCAGUUCAGUUAUUGCACCCCGUCCUAUCUGCCAUUUUCCAACAGGUCAGGAUUUUAUUGGAAUGGAGUGGCACUGUUUCCUGAUCCACCAAAGGAUGGUGUUUAUCCCAACAUGAGUCUUCCCGUCACCAGUGAUAACAUUCACCAGUAUGCAGAGACCAUGGUGAAGAAUAUUAAAAUGCGAGCAGCCUGGUUUAGAAGCAACAAUGUUUUAUGGCCCUGGGGCUGUGACAAGCAGUUCUACAAUUCUUCCAUCCAGUUUAAUAACAUGGAUUUGUUACUAGAAUACAUAAAUAAAAAAUCAGAGUUUGGAGUGACUGUGCAGUACUCCACAUUAGGAGAAUACUUCAGUAGUAUACACAGCAGAAACCUGACCUGGGAGGUUCGCAAAAAUGAAGACUUUCUGCCGUACUCUUCAGAUACAUAUCAAGCAUGGACGGGCUUCUACACCUCCCGCAACAUCUUAAAAGGCAUAGCACGCAGGGCCAGCUCACUCCUGUAUGCGGGGGAAUCUGCAUUCACUCAGUAUCUGUUAAAGCAUCCAUCUGGAACUGUGUGCAAAAUGUGGGCUCUGGAGCAGCUGCGGGCCCUCCGAUGGGCUGUCUCAGAGGUUCAGCAUCAUGAUGGCAUUACAGGGACCGAGUCACCAAAGGUCAGGGAUAUGUAUAUGGCAAACCUGUUCCAAGGAAUGCUAGGAGUUCGAAAACUGAUGGAAGCUAUCACUCUAGACCGGUUCAGCUUUGAGGAUGAUGAUCAGUCAAAAGGUCUAAUGAAUAUUACAGUCUACAAUCCACUAGCAUGGGAUAUAACCACAUAUGUCCAUAUGCCAAUGAACAUUUGGGUCACUGAUGUGUACGAUGAGAUGGGACAAGCCAUUCCAGCACAGAUCCACAACUCCAGUGAUCCAGGUCACACUUUCGAUCUGUAUCUCCUUGUUGUCCUGCCUGGUCUCAGCUAUGGGAGCUACUCUUUAAAGAUUGGGAAGGAAGACUCCAGCCAGGGGACGGUUACUGUGGGCAGAUCAGUGAACUUUGGCAGACAGUCCUCAAGUGCCAAAGAAAAUGGCGGAAAGACGAAGAUUUCAGUAAUGAAUGACUGCAACACACUCUGGAUUAACAAAAACACAAACCUGCUUGAUAGUAUAACAGACAGGGAGAGGAAUUACACAAUGCAAAUGACCCAAGAGUUUCUCGAAUACCAUGCCAAUGGAGACACUGAUGCCGGGCCUAUAUCUGACAACUACAUGUUCACUCCAAAUGGAUCAGCCCUUCCAGUGGCAAAGUCUGUAGGACUGGAAGUUGUAACAGGGAAAUUGGUCACUGAAAUCAGACAGUAUUUCUACAGCGAUGUUCUUGCAGAAAGCUACAUCUAUAAAAUCAUCUCCAGACUCUACAACGUCCCUGAUGGAUAUGAUAAAUCUCUGUUGUGCCGUCUUAUCGAACAGCAGUACAGAGUUGGGCCUUUGGAGCUAAACCGGGAAGCAGUAAUCAGAACAGAAACCAGUCUACAGACCAACAAGAGGAUCUAUACUGAUAACAACGGAUACCAAAUGCAAAUAAGGGAUUUCAAAACCUAUGACAGCAACACAGUGGCCAGGAAUUAUUACCCAAUGGUUCGUACAGCUUAUAUAGAAGAUGAAAGCACGCGACUAGUCAUCAUGGCUGAGCGGUCACAUGGAGUCUCCAGUCUAGACAAUGGCCAAGUAGAGAUCAUGCUGCAUAGGAGACUGUGGAAUAACAUGCAAUGGGACCUGAAUUAUAAUCUGACAUUGAAUGACACUUCUGUAGUAAGACCAACUCUCUGGCUCAUGAUGGGUUCCAAAGCAGUAACCAGUUCUUUGUACCAGAGAUUGGGGCUGGCUCUAGAACAUAGACCACUAGUCAUGUUUAUUCCAUUCAAAGGAAAAUCUGCAACUGAAGAAAUGUCUGCUGCUCCCAUUGUGUUACCACCCAACAUUUACCUUCAGAUCCUCAGUGUUCCUGGCUGGAGGUAUUCUUCAAACCACACAGAGCAUAUACACAACCUGAACAAAGGUGAUGGACAGAAAACUGCUGCAGACUUCCAUCGAGUACUUCUCAGGAUCCAGCACCUCUAUGAGGUUGAUGAAGACCCAGUUCUGUCCAAACCAGCUAGUGUUAACCUCAAGUCGCUUCUAAAAGGAUUGGGUGAUGUGAAGUUUGUGGAAGAGCGCUCGCUUACUGGAACAUGGGAUGUGAGCAGCAUGGAGAAAUGGCAAUGGAAAACCACACAGUGCAAGGGGAGAACAAAAGAUCAAAUGCAACCUGCAAAGAUUAUCAAAGAUUUUGUUCUUACUGUAGAACCAAAGGAAAUAAGAACAAUUUUUGUGUAUUUUCAGUAACCCCUACCAAAGGAAGAAGCUAAAAGGUUACAUGACAGA